UUCCUCCCUCCUCCCUUCCUCCCCUCUUCCUCCCUCCUCCCUUCCUCCCCUCUUCCUCCCUCCUCCCUCAGAGGAGCGUCCCGUCGGUGGGUGGUUCCUCUGGCCGUGUUUCAGUCUGGUAUCUUCGGUCUCUCUGGUUGAUUCUUCGGCUGUUUGGAGCUGGUUAAAACCAAACCGGACCAACACUUCUCUCCAGUCAUGCAGAAGGUGGAGGGACGGGUAACCCCGGUAAACCUGCCUUCUUCCAGGGAACCCAGCACCCCGGGGUCCCCCGCCACCGCCAUCAUGGCGCGGGUCAACGACCAGGUGGUGGGCUACAGAGACCUGGCAGCUCUGCCCAGAGAUAAAGCCAUCCUGCAGGUGGAGAGACCGGACCUGAUGACCUACCAACCUCACCUGACCUUCUCCCCCCUCGACCCGCCACGCAGAGAACGAUCUCUGUCUCCUCCGGCCACGUCUCCCACCAUGUCUCCUGAGGUGAAGCCCCGCCGAGCGGAGAGUGAAGGAGACGGUGGUUCUCCUGGAGGAUCAACGCUGCAACUGCAGGCUGGACGCAAGAUCAGCGCCAGCCAGCAGCACUUCCACAGACCAGAUAACGGAGCCAACAUCUACAGGAAACCUCCCAUCUACAAACAAGAUGUUAACAAACAUGUGGAAGGAGUCAUCCAGUCAGCGAAGUUCCCAGCAGCUCAGCCUCCAGAUCCCAACCUGCCAUCCAAGAUCGAGACGGAGUACUGGCCCUGCCCCCCCUCGCUGGCUGCCAUGGAGAUCGAGUGGAGGAAGAAGAAGGAGCUGCAGGAGGAAGACGAGUUUGAAGACCUGACGGGGGACGCCGAGACGCUGCAGGAGCAGGAGCUGGAGAAGAUCAAGUCCAAUCUGGGUCGUCUGAUCCUGAAGGAGGAGAAAGAGAAGGGAGUUCAAUUCAGGAGGAAGACGCAGUCACUGCCCGACAGAACACACAUGCACACCAGUAAGACCAGUUUGUCUGCAGGUUUGUCUGCAGGUGCAUCAAAGUCUCCGUCCCACUCCGGACCAGGCCUGACCAGAAUGCAGUCAGCUGAGUUCUCUACCGACGCAGAUAAAGAACAACCAGCAGCUCAGAACGGAGACGGUCGCAGGGAGAGGAUGGACCGAGGGAACUCUCUGCCGAGCAUCCUGGAGCAGAAGAUUCUUCCCUAUGAAGCGCUGAUUGUGACCCACAGAGGGCGCUGCAAGCUGCCGCCGGGAGUCGACCGCACUCGACUGGAGAGACAUCUGUCCACGGAGCAGUUCCUGCAGCUCUUCGGGAUGCCGAUGGCCGAGUUCGACCGCCUCUCUCUGUGGAGACGAAACGAGCUGAAGAAGAGAGCCUCGCUUUUCUAACAGGAAGUGACCUCAUUCCUCUCCAAUACUUGACGACCCUCCUGCUCUGACGGGACGAGGAAGAGGAGGAGGAAAUAUCCACACACAUCAUCAAACCGACCAAUCCCGUCCCGUCGCUGUGAUCAGAGUGUACUGAAGGCUGAAGGCUGGCCCUGAUUAACCCUUUACUCUGACUAACCCCCCCCCACUCACUCACAUAUAGAUUACCUGUGCUGCACUUAUAACCACCACCGCUUGCUCUUCAUCCUCAUCAUGUGUCCACUCUUCAUCAUCAUCAUCAUCAUCAUGUAGUCUGGUUGAGCUCUAAAGGUUGGCGUCGGGGACGGAGAUCAAACUCGUGAAGCUGCGUCAUCGUUGGUUCAAACUACGACGACCAAUCAGAUCGCUGGAAACACGAUCACCUGACACGAUCACAUGACACGAUCAGCUGACAGCGUUUAGAAUAAAGAGACCUUUUUAAUAAUACCAGAAUAAUUACUGCCGUGACGAGGUUCGGGUUGUUAGGGAAGCCGAUCUCGUCACAUUGAGUCACUAAGAAUGUUUUUAGUGAAUUCAACCUUAAAUACAGAUUUUAUCUAAAUGUUUCUGCAGCUUCUAAACCAGAUUUAACCGUUUAUAUUUAACGGAGCUGAAAAUCACUUUUUGCUGCAGUGAUAAUCAGAAAACGGGCUUUCUUUCCAGACCUUUUUUUGGACAAUUUUUUGACUUUUUAUCGGAAAGUUUUCGGACAAAAAGCCUCUCACAUUCACACAUCUGGAGGUCAGAGGUCAAGGGACCCCUUGGAAAAUGGCGGCAAAAUUUAGCGUAUAUUUGUAGCGUUAUCUAACCUCCUGAUUCAGGUAUCUUCAUCUCAUCUCAUCAGAUUAAUCAUUCCACGUUCUUAAUGAAGAACUAUUCCAGUCUCUAACCAGCUUCAUGACACCAGUAGACCAGGUUACCAGUAAACCAGUUAAGUGAUUAACCCGUUAACGGUCUGGUCUCCGUCCUCCGGCGUCUGAGCUUGGUUACCGUGAGGAGUUCUCGUCCUGUAUUAAAAUGUAACAGAUUGUAAUCUCUAUUUAUUACGUGGAUCUUUUUAUUUAUUUGAAGAUUGUAAUUUUUGACUGUUGAACUGUUUUAUGUUUUAAUAUUUGAGUUUUUUCUGUACAGAUGUUUUUUAUUCUUCGCUUUAACUCGCCACCAAACACAUACCUUCAUCUUAAAGGAGCAGUCGGUACUAAUCCACACGGCGGCGGAGCGGCGUCACGCUCGCCGUCUUCAACUUUCUUCAUGCUUUCUUCUGGUCGACGCCUCCACGCCGUCCGGUCCUCGCGGUCCUCGCGGUCCGCAGCGUUUCUGUUGUACGAUGUAAAGAAGUCCAAUAAAUCUGAGAACUACA